AUGGGAUGUUGCAAAAGCAAAGUGCCCGUGCCUAAUGUUUACGCCAAUUUUGUCGACCCGCAGACCCAGAAACGAUACAUCGUGAUGGAUUUUAUUCCAGACACCGACAUGCAAAGACUGCUACCAUCGCUCACUCCAACCGAGAAGAACACGGCGAGUGAGCGCAUCAAAGAGGUGAUCAAUGAACUCCGAGCUAUACCGCCGCCUGACUACCUGGGAAACUUGAACGGAACGUUUUACAUCGACGGUGUUCUUUCAACGCCAGAUAAGAACCGGGUCAUUUCUGGACCACUCAGGGACCAAGAGGAGAUGGAUCAUAGUGUUCUGGAGAGGUUGAGCCAAGCUCAGUUACCACAUUUUAUUCGCUUAUUGAAAGCAAAGGUCAAGUAUACCCCCAAGAACCAUCGAGCGCAUUUUACCCAUGAGGACCUACUACCAAAGAAUAUAAUCGUGGGGCGAAUAGCGCGUUGUGAGAAGGAAGCUGACUUCAAAGUUAGUCUCAUUGACUGGAAUAUGUCAGGCUGGUAUCCCAAGUUUUGGGAAUUUGCAAUUCGACGUUGUGUUGUCAACUGA